AUGUCCAUGAACGUUCAAGACUGCGGGGUGGUCCGCGAAGGGUUCCCUCGUCCGUUCCCCAACACCCCUUCCAAUGCCGUGGAGCAGUUCAAGAUGACCGGAAAGGUCGUGGUGGUGACGGGCGCCGGCGAUGGAAUUGGCUUGGCUGUUGCAGAAGGCAUCGCAGAGGCCGGUGGCAACGUUGUCAUGUGGUACAACUCGAAUGAGGCUGCCGUCCAAAGGGCCGCCAAGCUAUCCCAAACACAUGGCAUCACUGCCACUGCAUACCAGGUUGAUGUAUCGGACGUGGACCAGGUUAUCGCUACAAUCUCCAAAACUGUCAAUGAAUUUGGAAAGAUUGAUGUCUUUGUUGCCAAUGCUGGCAUGGCUAUCUCAAAGCCCAUUUUAGAGAUGACCGUUGAGGAGUACCGAAAGGUAAUGUCAGUGAACGCCGACGGUGUCCUUUUCUGCGCCAAGUACGCCGGCGAGGUCUUCAAGCGACAGGGGUUUGGAAACUUGAUCAUCACCUCGAGCAUGAGCGCUCAUAUUGUCAACGUACCCACUGAUCAGCCUGUCUACAAUGGCAGCAAGGCAUUCGUCACUCACUUCGGAAAGUCCCUGGCUCGCGAGUGGAGAGAGUUUGCCCGUGUCAAUAUUGUCUCCCCUGGCUUUUUUGAUACCAAGCUGGGUGCCAGUCCCUUGGCCAUUAACGAAGCCUACCGCAUGUCGGCGCUAGGGAGGCAAGGCCAUGUAAAGGAAAUCAAGGGCUUGUACCUCUAUCUGGCGAGCGAUGCUUCGACAUACAUGACAGGUAGCGACAUUCUUAUUGAUGGAGGUUAUGUUCUUCCCUAG